ACUGCCGGAAGUGGGCGCUGUAGCAGACUGCUUGACGGUAGAGCACAAACCGAGCCAGUGUCUCGUUAUUACCACUCCAACCACCAUUAUCAAAAAUAAGAGAAUGAAGAGCAAUUUGAACAUCUUAAUGCACAAGCAAGGGAUUUCCUGAAGAGUAUUUCGGAGUUCGUCCAAUUAAAUUUUGUUAGAUCCUAUAUAACGACAUACACAGGCUGCUCUGAUGGCUUCUGCAGUGAAACAAGCACUUCAACAGCAGUUAUUUCUUCCUAACGAUGAACGCCUUAUUGCCAUGGUACCUGUCUUCAAGGUACCACGCAAGCGCAAGAGCAGUUAUCUUUGUGCCGUUUUGAACACCUCAGAGACGCCAGUGACUGCACACCUGUACCAGGUAAAGAAAGGAGACAGAGGAGAAAACUACAAGAAGAAGUUGUCAUGGCUGCUAAGAGAUUUGCGCUGUAUUGACGGCAAAUCUGCUGAAAAGGAGACAACUGAAUUUGACCUUCACUUUGAAAAAAUCUACAAAUGGGCUGCAAUGAAAGUUGAGGAGAAAGACAACUUCAUUGCAACCUGUGGCGGCUUAGUCAGCGGUUUUUGAUACAGAAGCCUGAAUUUGUGAAUGUGCCUGAAAGAUUACUUGAAGAUGUGGCAGACCCUCGAGAACUACGGCAGAAAUCUCAGUCUGCAGAUAACCUGUCCAUGGCAGGAGAAGAUUUCCAGGCUCUGUCAGCUAAAGAAGAGGCGGAUUUGGAACUGCUCAUGUCUGAGUGCCAGAUUGCUAUGAGCAAUGCAGAGUUAUUUGCAGAGCAGCUGUCCAAGCAGCUUUCAGUUCUGGAUGGUGCCAACAUUCACUCCAUUAUGGGCUCAGAAGAUCAGGUUCUAAACCUCAUGCGUCUCUUGGAUGAGGGCAUUCAGAUGGCUGAAAGUAUUGAGGAGAAGCUGACAUCAUAUGACUUGAUCUUGGCUAAUGUGAAGGAGCAGAUGGAGGUAAUGCAAGACAAGGAGACGUUGGUCACACGCCGCAACACCAACCACCAACGCCUGCUGGAGCACCUUGACCACUUGAUAAAUCAGCUGGAUUUGGACAUGAAACACAUGAAGGCACUGAUGGAUGGUGACUUGACCUCCCCCAGUGGCAUCUAUGAGUGUACAGUAGCAGCCCAGGCUUUACAUAAGUGUAUGAAUGCUGAAAUACACCCUUCAAUGCUGAAAAUGGCAGCAGUGGAGGAGCAGCAGAAACGAUUCCGGAAGCUGUCCAGUAAGUUUUCUCAGCGCCUUGCUCAUCACCUUAACAACCAAUUUAUUCAUCAGGGUAACGAGAUAGGAGGGACAUUGAGUCGACUUGCUGGAGAGCUGCGUAUGCCACAACAUGAGUCAACACAUAAGGAAUUGGUUAUCUAUGCUGAGCUGAUGCUGUGGCUAAAGAACAUGGACCAGCCAGUCUUUCAGGCACUAGCCACAGUAUAUACAGACAGCCUUAGCAAACUGUACGUACAGGAGGUUCGGGACUUCUUUGAGUCAGUCAAACAGCGUCUGAUGGUCAGGGAAGGUAAAGGCAAGCAUGGUACAUUAAAACUGUCUGGUUCCACCAGCAGUUUGACCAAGAUAGGCCACGAUGGCCGCUCUGUGUCCAUGCAGAGUGUGGAUUCUGCCCAUCCAGCCACCCAUGUGUAUGGAUCAGAGUCUGACCUUGCAGCUCGCAACCUUUUUGAUCAGGUGUUGGAGAAGGUCCUGCAGGAGCUGGAGAGAGUGUGCAUUGCUGAACAAGACUUCUGCUUUCGCUUCUUCCACCUGAUGGACAAGAGUGCUUCACCCAUUCCAGAGCAAGCGGUUUCAAACAAGGAUGGGGAAUCUGGGGGCACCGAAGAUGUUUGGCAGCUGCAGACUUCCGCUGCAAAUGAGGAGUUCUAUGUGGAGAAUUUGGGUCAAGGUCUUUUACAGAAACGCUUGACCCCAGACAUGCGACAGAUCAAUGAUGAGGUUAGGGCCAUGAUGGCUGAGCUGUUCCCAACACUUGAGACAGAAUUGGAGGCUUUUCUGUCUUACGCAGAGAGGCAGGACAGCAUGUACACCAUGUACAUGUUAGUACGUAUCAGUCAGCAUGUUAUCAACAAUCAGCACAUGGGUUCUUUCCUGGGCAAAACCUUCGGCAACUACCUUAUCAAGGUCAAGCGAGGAUUUGACAAGUAUAUAGACAUGAUGAUCCAAGGUAUUCGUGAGGUCAGAGUCUCCAAGAAGAAUCGCUGUGGGAUCAUCUCUUUUGUGCAUCAGUUUGAGGAAUUUGCAAAUCUGGCAGAGGCAAUCUUCAAAGGAUCUGAUCGUCAUACAGACUUGAACAAAGCUUACACCAAGCUGGUCCAUGUAUUGUAUGAGCAAAUCCAGCGUGUGGCUUCAGAGCAUCAGAAAACUCCACGUGAAGUUGUCCUUAUGGAAAACUUUCACAGAAUGUUUUCGAUCCUGUCACAUCUAAAGAAUGCAGGCCUAGAGGCAGACAGGAAGGAGGCUAAACAGCGAUACACAGACAACAUGCUGGCCUACACUAUCACCCUGCUGGGCCGACCACUGGAGAAACUGCAUAUUUUCUUCGAAGGUGUGGAGGCACGCGUGGCAGCAGGAGUUAAGAGAGAGGAGGUGGGCUUCCAGCUAGCCUUCAGCAAGCAGGAGUUACGCAAGGUCAUCAGAGAGUACCCUGGCAAAGAGGUAAAGAAGACACUAGAGCACUUGUACAAGAAGGUGGAGAAGCAGCUAUGUGAGGAGGAGAACCUGCUGCAGGUGGUGUGGCACGAAAUGCAGGAUGUCUUCAUCAAUCAGUAUAAACACUACGACGAACUUAUGAAGAAAUGCUAUCCUGACAGCCAGCUGGGCCUGGAGUUCACCAUAGAGAAUGUCCUACAGUAUUUCUCCGACAUUGCUCAGUCACAUUAAGCACAUUGGUCGACAGAUGUAGUUCCAGGUGCACGAAAGAUUUUGAUUCACCAGUAAGUGUGACCUGGUGUUUCUCAAACAUUUCUUUGUGCUGUAAAUUUUGCCCUGAUAAUGUGAGCAGGAGGUAUGCCUUGCUUUGCACAAGUUUAAUGGUGUAAAUUUUGGGGCAUCAGAAUACGAGGCUAUUACAGAGGGAAAAAAAAAACCGGGACGAAUAACGUUUCGCAACACAUAGGCCAAGACAAAAGACUAUAGCCUACCAGCCAUGGGGACCACAACGUCAAUGCAGUUUUAAUGUGGAAGAUGUUUAUACUAUCUCUUGCCUUCUCUGCUGGGUAGUCACGGGAAGUAAUCUGGCACAUGCCCACGUCAGCCUCAAACCACUGAGUCUGAACGAAAUUAAGAUUAAAAAAAAAAUCCAA